UCUACCCUGUUUAUCACGCUUGUCAGAAACGAGUGGACAGUCAUGUCAGCCGACGAUAUACUAGUGUCGGGAAUGAGCGGUCGGUUCCCACUCUCGGCCAACACCGACGCGUUUGCAAAGAAUCUGUUCGAUGGCAUCGAUAUGGUUACCGAUGAUGACAGCCGAUGGCCAUUGGGUUUAUACGAUAUAUCGAACCGAAUGGGAAAGAUUGUCGAUUACAACAAAUUUGAUUCAAAAUUCUUCGGACUCAUGGAUCAGAUGGUGGAUGAGAUCGACCCCCAGUCCCGCAUGCUUUUGGAGACAUCAUACGAGGCCAUGUUGGACGCCGGCAUAAAUCCGCAAACAUUACGUGGUAGUAGGACAGGCGUGUACGUGGGUGUGUCGCAGUACGCCAUGACCGAUGGCUACCCGGAGGACGUUCAGCCGGAUUCUCGGGACUCCCUGCAGAACGUUAUGUUGCAGAGCCUGUCAAACAUGAAGACCUUCUACGCCAGCCGUAUAUCCUUUGCCAACGACUUCAAGGGGCCGUCGAUGAUAGUGGACACCGCCUGCUCGGCCAGUGGCACUGCCUUCUGUCUGGCUAUGAACGACCUGAAACUCGUACCAUGCUAUAACCAUGCUAUUCAAACCACAAAUGUAGGCCACACCGAUUCGGCUAUAGUGUGCGGCACUCAUAUGGUGUUCGAGCCGUUCAUAAACCAAUACCAACAGGAACUGGCCAUAAGCUCGCCGAGAGGUGUGUCGGCCGUCUUGGACCAGGAGGCGGACGGCUUCGUGAAAGCAGAGGCCGUGUGCUGUCUAUUCCUACAGCGACGCCGGGAUGCGCGCCGUAACUACGCUCACGUACGCAGUGCUCGUAUGAAUGUGGACGGACACAAAAAGAUGGGCAUGUUUUUCCCGUCCAGUGAAGCACACGAACAGCUUAUGAGGAUGUCGUACGAGGAGUGCAACAUUGAUCCACGCGAUAUGACCUAUUUUGAGUGCCACGCCACCGGCACCAAGUACAAUAUCUAUCAGGCCGGAGAUCCGCAAGAAAUCAAAGCCAUUUACAACGCUUAUUGUAAGUCUACGGGACGUACGGAUCCAUUGCCUAUAGGGGUGUUGAAGAGCAAUAUGGGUCACGCAGAGGCCGGUUCAGGGGUCUCGUCGGUCAUCAAAAUUAUGAUAUCCUAUGAACACGAAUGCAUUCCUCCGAACAUUAACCUCAACACUAUUAAGGAUGAAAUCGCUCAGUAUUUCCCACCAUUGCUGGCAAUCAGGGAAAAGUACCCUUAUAAGCCUGGAUUGGCUGGUGUUAACAACUUUGGUAUCGGCGGUUCAAAUGCACAC